AUGGCUUCCGCUAACAUUUCCAAGAAGAGAAAGUUUGUCGCUGACGGUGUUUUCGCCGCCGAGCUCAACGAGUUCUUCACUCGUGAGCUCUCCGAGGAGGGAUACUCUGGCUGUGAGGUCCGUGUCACGCACGCCCGCACCGAGAUCAUCAUCCGAGCCACCCACACCCAGGAAGUGCUCGGUGACAAGGGUCGUCGCAUCCGUGAGCUCACCGCUCUCGUCCAGAAGCGAUUCAAGUUCCCCGACAACUCGCUCGAGCUCUACGCCGAGAAGGUGCAGAACCGUGGUCUCCACGCUGUUGCCCAGUGCGAGUCGCUCCGCUACAAGCUGCUCGGUGGUCUCGCUGUCCGCCGUGCCGCCUACGGUGUCCUCCGCUUCGUGAUGGAGUCGGGUGCCAAGGGUUGCGAGGUCGUCAUCUCGGGUAAGCUGCGUGCUGCCCGUGCCAAGUCGAUGAAGUUCACCGACGGAUUCAUGAUCCACUCCGGUCAGCCUGUCAAGGACUUUGUGGACGAGGCUGUUCGUCACGUUCUCAUGAAGCAGGGUGUUCUCGGUAUCAAGGUCAAGAUCAUGCAGGGCUGGGACCCCGAAGGACGCGCUGGCAAGCCCUUCCCCCUCCCCGACGCUGUCACCAUCCUCGAGCCCAAGGAGGAGGCUCCCAUCCUCGCCCCUGUCUCCGAGUCGCGACAGGCCCCCGCCGAGGUUGCCGCCCCCGCUCAGGCUGCUCCCUCUGCCGAGGUCCAGCCCGAGGCUGCCUACUAA